AAUUUCCACAAAGCCUGAUCCACAUGGAUUUGCAGCUGCUGCAAGGACAUCCAUGGAGGACAGUGAGGCCCUGAGGCCCCGGAGAGCACAGAGAAUCACAGAGGUCCUUGUGUGGGGAAGGGAAACUGUGGAGGGAAACUUCAAGUCACCUGCAACCAAAGCCCUGAGUGUCACCGACCUGGCACAUGUAGAGGUUCUGGACAGCACUGAUGGAGAACAGGACAGAGGUGACUGAGUUCCUCCUGCUGGGACUGACCGAUGACCCACGCCUGCGGGUUUUCCUCUUCAUCACCUUCCUCCUCAUCUACACCCUCACCGUGGCUGGGAACCUGGGGAUGCUCCUGCUGAUCCUCCUGGACCCUCGUCUGCACACUCCCAUGUACUUUUUCCUGGGUAACCUGUCCCUGGUGGAUUUCUGUUACUCCUCAGUUGUGACUCCCUCAGUCAUGGCUAGGCUUCUUACAGGAAACAAGGUCAUUUCCUACAAUGCCUGUGCUGCUCAGAUGUUCCUGUUUGCAACCCUCAUUUGUGUGGAAAAUUAUCUGUUCACUGCCAUGGCCUAUGACCGCUAUGCAGCAGUGUGCAAACCCCUGCGCUACACCACCACCAUGAGGAGCAGUGUGUGUGCGGGUCUCGUCAUGGGCUGCUAUGUCCUUGGUUUACUGAAUGGCUGCAUCCACACUGGGGAAACCUUCAGUCAGUCCUUUUGCAGCUCCAAUGUGAUUGAUCACUUUUUCUGUGAUGUCCCACCAGUCAUGGCUCUCUCUUGUUCUGAUAAACGGGUUAGUGAGCUGGUUCUUGUUUAUGACGUGAGUUUCCAUAUUUUUUUUGCCAUGCUGCUUAUUUCAACAUCCUACAUCUUCAUUUUUCACACCAUCCUAAGGAUGCGCGCAGCUGCAGGACAUCACAAGGCUCUGUCCACCUGUGCCUCCCACUUCACUGCUGUGUCCAUUUUCUAUGGGACGAUCAUCUUAAUGCACCUAAAGCCCAGCUCCAGUCACUCCGUGGACACUGCCAAAAUUGCCUCUGUGUUCUAUACUAUAGUUAUUCCCAUGCUGAACCCUAUGGUCUACAGCCUGAGGAACAAGGAGGUCAAGAGUGCAUUCUUAAAGGUCAUGAAUGCAUUGGUGUGUGGGAGGCCCAGUAAGGUAUAG